UUUCCUGGCGUACAACCGUUAUCAUACCGAGACCCUUCGGCCCCCGCGUUCGGAACCAGCCACUCUCUCUACUCGGCCGGCCUCGCGGACCUUUUCCUCUCGGGUCGUGUUUCCGGACGGAUCGUGAGCGGAAGAACGUGGUGGGGCUGAGAUUCCGUAAGCCGGGAACACGGCGGGCAUGAGGAACCAUGGCGGGUCAGCGCCUUCCUGUGCCCCGGCUUGAGGGCGUUUCGGGGGAGCAGUUCAUACAGCACCUCUACCCGCAGCACCAGGUUUCCGGGGAACAGGAUGACCAUGAGAAAACCACUGGUAUUGGCAGGAAUUGAUUUGGGGGCAUGUACAAGCAAAUGGACAGUGGAUUACCUAAGCCAAGUUGGAGGGACAAAAGAAGUAAAGAUUCAUGUUGCUACAGUUCCACAGAUGGACUUCAUUAGAUUCUUUUGUGUUUAUGUCAGAACUUUACCUUUUGACAAGUUGGUCCAGAGGGCAGCUGAAGAAAAGCAUGAAGAAUUCUUUCUUUCUGAGGAUGAGAAGUACUACUUACGGUCACUUGGGGAAGAUCCUAGAAAGGAUGUCGCAGAUAUCAGAAAGCAGUUUCCUUUAUUGGAAAGAGAUAUUAAGCUCCCAGACUUCUUCAAAGAGGAGCAGUUCUUCUCGAGUGUUUUUCGUAUUAGCUCACCGGGACUACAACUUUGGACUCACUAUGAUGUUAUGGAUAACUUCUUAAUACAAGUGACAGGAAAAAAGCGUGUUGUAUUAUUCAGUCCUCGAGAUGCCCAGUAUUUAUAUUUAUCAGGUACUAAAUCGGAAGUGCUGAAUAUAGAUAACCCAGACUUGGCUAAGUACCCACUGUUUUCCAAGGCUAGAAGAUAUGAAUGUUCCCUUGAAGCUGGAGAUGUGUUAUUCAUUCCUGCUUUAUGGUUCCAUAAUGUAAUUUCUGAAGAGUUUGGAGUGGGAGUAAAUGUCUUUUGGAAGCACCUUCCUUCUGAAUGCUAUGAUAAGACAGAUACCUAUGGAAACAAAGAUCCUACGGCAGCAUCAAGAGCGGCACAGAUUUUGGACAGAGCCUUAAAAACGCUGGCUGAAUUACCAGAGGAGUACAGGGACUUUUAUGCACGACGAAUGGUCUUACACAUCCAAGACAAAGCCUACAGCAAGAACUUUGAGUAAACGAGGCAGUACUAAUGGAUAUAAACUUUUUAAUAAAAUUCAGGUCAAACAAUGGAAAAAUACAGUGAUAUAAAUUGUUUCCUGUUAAAUUCACUUUGUUAAAAUAGGAUAGAUAAAUAGUCUUAGAUUUAUAGAUUAAAUAAGUAUGAAGGGGUGUUUAUGUGGUUUCUACUUUAUACAGAUUGUUAGAGUUGAAAGAACACUCUACUGGUACCACUCUAGCUUUCAGAGGCAAGUAACUGAAAAUCCAACUUUAAAUUACUUAGACAAUAAGAAAAUGUAUUGGCUGGCAAAAGAUGAAGUCUUCUGAUAGAAUGGGCUUCAUUGUUUUUCAUCCAGUGAUUCAAUAGUGUUACCAAGAACCUAGGUUUUUUUUUUACCCCCUCUUUUCAGCCACAGCAUUGGUGUUACCCUUAGGCUGGCUACCCUCGUGGUUAUGGGAUAGUUGCAGUAGCAGUUGGGGCUGUGUGCAUGUUCAUUUACAUGAAGCAGAAGAGUCAGGCUGGCUUCCAGGAGCCCUCUCUUAAUAGAGAAAGCUUUCCCAGAAUUCUAUAGCAAAUCUUUGGGUUUCACUGGUCUAAAGAGUUUAGACCCUGUGCCAGUUACUGGCGAAGAGUAUGGAAUAAAUAGCACUUAGGCCACUCAGGUCUACUCGUAGAGCCAGGAUUGAAUCAUCUUUCUCUGAGGCAUGUGAGGUGUAUAUGGGGACAGAAUGUGUAAUGUUUUUUAAUCAGGAUUAUGAUAAAGAAAAAAGGUGGUCAACCAACAGUCCUAGGACAUUUGCCUAGAAUCGGAAUCUUUUGAGAAACAUUUAAAAAUAUACAGAUGCUUAGGUCCUGUCGUGGAUUGAAUUAUGGCCCCCCAAAAUGUGUGUAUCAGUUUGGCUGGGGCAUGAUUCCUGGUAUUGUAUGAUUUUUCUAUGUGUUGUAAAUCCUGCCUCUAUAAUGUAUAAUGUUAAUGAGAAUGGGUGGCAGUGGUGUUAGUGAGGCAGGACUCAAUCUACAAGAUUGAAUUGUGUCUUGAGGCAAUCUCUUGAGAUAAGAGAGAAGCCAACAGAGAGACAGGGGGACUUCAUACCACCAAGAAAGCAGUACCUGGAGCACAGCAUGUCCUUUGGACCUGGGGUCUGCUCAGAGAAGCUCCUAGUGCAGGGGAUCACUGAUGAGAACGCUGACAGAGAAAGCCUUCCCCUGAAGCUGAUAUCGUGAAGUUGGACUUUUAGCCUACUUUGAGGAAACAAACUUCUCUUUGUUAAAGCCAUUUACUGGUAACAUUUCUUUAAUAGCAGCACUAGAUAACUAAGACAGGCCCCAAACUCUUAUAUGCUGAUUCAGUAUGUUUGGGAUUUGGUAUAGGUACCUAUAUUUAAUAGACCCCACAGUUGUUUUGAUGUAUAAUCAUGAUUGAGAACCACUGAAUUAAGAUGAUAGUAAUUUGGAUUAUUAGGUUUGUGAUUUGUCCAAAACAAAUGUUUGAUCUGAUCCUGGUUUUUCUUGCCUAUGACCACCCCUUCAGUUUUUGAAUGUUGGAAAAUAUUCAGAUCAGUUUUUAUACUUAAUUUACCGUUAACCUAACUGAAAUUUCCCCCACUAAACACUUCCUCCUCUUCUUUUUUAAAGAAAAAUUUUUUAGGCUGUAUAAAUGAGAGACCCUAAUAAUGUCGUUGAAAGACAGUGAGCCAUUGUAUGCGGAUUUGUGCCAUUUUUGUUUUGCACUUAGUAAUUACAUUGCAGUGUCAUUGAAGAAAGCGCAGAUACAUUUAUUUAGUGAGGACAAAUGUACCCAUGUAAAGCAAUCUCAGAGUACAUGAAUUUGGGGCAUUUUAAUUUGGGAAAAAACAUUUUCUCUGUUGAAGAUACUGUAUCUACUCAUUUCCUGUAUACGGAGUUAGAUUAAGUUCAGAUGUAAAAAGCAAAUUACAUUGUAAGUAAAAGAAAAUUGUCUAAAAAAUUAUUCUGAAUUUCCUAAGUGUCUUUGGGAAAAGAUACUAAAGUUAUUUAGGACAACAAAGGUGGAAAAGUCUGUUAGAAAAGGAAUUGUUUUAAUAGCCAUAUCUAAUAAAUUUUGAUCUUUGGUUCUUAGCCUAAGGAAAGAACUUCAUUAACAAUUCGUUUUCUUUCAGAAAGAAGGAAGAUAAAACCCAUCUUAGUUCGCAGAGUAUUUAUAGCCAGCUUUUUAAAAGCCUUCCUUGGUUCUGCCUUUUUUUUUUUUUUGAAACCAGUAAAAGAAUCUUUGCAAAGUAUAUACCCAGAAUCUUGUAGGAAACUUGGAAGUAAAACAGAUUAUAGUUUUACCACUGAAUAUUCAUUUCAAUUCACUUUGUUUAUUGGGGAGGCAAACUAUGACCUUAAAACCAAAAAAAAAAAAAAAACCCAUUGCCAUUGAGUCAAUUCCAACUUACGGUGACCGUAUAGGACAGAGAACUACCCUGUAGGGUUUCCAAGGAGUGGCCGAUGGAUUCAAACUGCCAGCCUUUGGAUUAGCAGUGGAUCUCUUAACCACUGCACCACCAGGACUCUGUUUGACCUUAGGUAUGUUAAAUAACCUUUCUGAAAUUUAUUUUCCGUAUUAAAAUAAAGCUAACUUGUAUGUACCAAACCCGUUGCUGUUGAUUCUGACUCAUAGUGACCCUAUAGGCAGAGUAGAACCGCCCCAUAGAGCUGCCAGGGAGUGGCUGGGGGAUUUGAACUGCUGACCUUUUGGUUAGCAGCCAAGCGCUUAACCACUGCACCACCAGGGUUCCAACAUGUACAUAGAGUUGUUAAAAAAAAUUGUAAGGAGAUAGUUCAAGGGCAGGUCCAUAGUCACAGCUAAUGCUAGUUCUUGCAUUUUAAUUCUUUCUUUGCUACGAGAGACUUGAGGUGGCACCUGUUGCAAUAUUAGAACACUUAGAAAGCUAAAGAUGAACCUUGUGUAAAGUUUUAAAAUUAUUUUUCUGGUCAUGGUAUUUAGUGCCUGUUUAUUUUAAAUACAAAAUUUUUUUUUUUUUUUUUUGCCUACAAGGUUAAGAUCAUACAGGAUGUUUGUUUUAAAGUAUAAAAUAGUAUGCUAAAUGCAACUUCUCAGGAAUUCCAAAUCACAGAAUUUUAUUGCUGGAAGGGAAUCUUAGGAAUCAUCUUCAUCACCGCACACUGCUUAAAUGACUAUCCAGGCUCACACGGCUGAGAUAGAAACUGAGAAUCCAUUGUGGGGAGGUUACCAAUUGUCCUUUCUUUCUCCUUCAUGUGCAGCACAUCUCAAAUACUUUUGAACAGAUUAUGUAGUUUUUCUUUGGCUGCAGAAUUUGAGGACUUCACCUGAUGCACCAAGAAUUUUACUUUACAACAAAGGUCUUCACUGCACAGCUUGUCACACAGACAAGGAUUUAAAGUAAAACUAAUGAAUAGGUAGACAACAGUGUAAUACAUAAUGGAAUACUACGCAAAGAAUGAAUAUAUACACUGGCAUGGAAUUUUUCCAAGGUAACUUAGAUGAAAAACCGGUAUGAAACUAUGCUGCGAUUUGUGUAAGAUAAAGGUAUACUGUAUAUAAACAUUUACUUGUACAUGCACAGAAUUAAUCUACAAUGAUACACAGAAACUAGUGGUAGUGGUUGCCUCGAAGAGACUGAUUGGGUGGGCAAACUGGAAACUAGUUUUGUAUUUCUUCAAUUUUUUUUUUAUGCCCUUGUACAUAUACUUUAAAAAUACAAUGUGUAAAGUAUAAUUUUUAGCUUUUCAUGAAUAUUAACAAUAUUUGCCUUGGUACAUGAUUGCAUUGGAAUUGUAUUUAUUCAGUAAUUUCAAACUCACCUUCUUGAAAUACCAAAACAAGGGAAACAGUCAACAGUUUAUUUCAUAACUUUCCAUCCUUUUGCAGCAGGUUGGCAAUCCUUGGAAAUCCUAUUUGGCAGUUCUAGUCUGUCCUUGGCAGUCAUCCUUCUAUCAUUGGUGUUACCUUAAGUCUUGUUUUGAGCAUAGAAGCCAUGAAUGUUUGGGUGUCUCAAAUAUGCCUAAAUUGUAUUUUGCUAGGUUAAAUGGGAUACUCAAAUGACCAUCCUAUAGUAACUCAGCACACAUCUACCAAUAAGAGCUGCUGGGCUUCUCUGCCUUGGUAAAGAACCACCUGAAUUUACAGGUUAGCGUGUCUGGCAUAGUGGUUAAGUGUUCCGCUACUAACUAAAAGUUCUGCAGUUUGAACGCACCAGAGGCCCCACGGGAGAAAAGACCUGGUGACCUGCUCCUGUAAAGACUACGCCCUAAGAAACCCUGCGGGGCAGUUCAACUCUGUCCUCUAGGGUCAAUGAGUCAGAAUCGACUGAUGGCAUACAACAUUCACAUCUUAUCCUCUAAUGCAUGUUUCUCUUAAAAACAAACCCACUGCCAUCAAGUCAAUUCCAUUAGGCCCUUGAAUGAAAUGUAACAUUUUAUGAAUACUACCUUUUCAUAUUUUACCACUUAAACCUUAGUCUAUUGCACGUUUCCAUACUCAGUAGCUGAGAUUUUGUCAGUGCUGUGUCCUCAGUCCUAGAACUGUGCCUUCCUUGCUCUUGGUAGGUACUCAGAAUCUAGAUGAAUGAACAAUGAAAAAUAGAUGACAUCAUUUUCUAACCAAGUCUCUGAAGAAGAGCUAAAGGAAUACAGAUACCUGAAAUGAUCAGCACAGAAAAGGAACAAUUUAUUUGAGCUAUUUUGUUCUCUAGGAAAUCCAACUUAGGAAAUGGAAAUAAUUUUUUAUGGAGAUAUUUAAAAAGGGGAGAAGAGAUGUAUUCAUACAGGAAAGGUUCAAAGUUGCUCACCUGAAUUUCAAGAACAUGUAUGUAAACCCAAACUGGCAAGGUAGAGACAAAUAGCUUCCUUUUAAAUGUCUGAAAUUUAACUAUGCUAGUCAAAAAAUAUAAAGCACACCCAAACAGACUUCUGUGGAUUAUUAAUUUUAAUAUAAUUAUACAUUCAUGCUGUGGUGGUAACAACUUUCACAUUAUUUGUAUGAUUAAUUCUCAGUUGACUCUCUCAGGACAAAGACACAGUCCAAAACAUUUACAAAACAGUUUUAAACAAAUGUCAAGAAAGGACAAACUUAAAAAGUAUAAAACAGAAAACAUCUGACUAUGGAUCAAUCUGAAUAUAUUUUAAUUCAAGAAGAUAUUUUUACUUUUCAACACUGUCUCAUUUUGACGAGAUGGCAGUUUCAGGUGCCCCAUGAGUUCUUAAUAUCCACUGAACACAUAAUAAUAAUAAUUAAGCAUCCACAUGACAGUAGGCAGCUGAAGAACCCAGAUUUUUAAACAUCUCAGAUUUUUAAUUGAAUAUUUCUGCUAAGAGUUCUACUCUUUUUCAUUUCAGUCAGUCCUAAACUCCCUUCCUUCCCCCCUCAUUAGAGCAUCAGCAACUCAGCUAUUUUACAUUAAUGUGAAUUUAACCAAAUAUUAAAAAUGAAAACAGUCAUCCAACUAAUCAUGGUGUUUUAAGGCAAGGUAAUAAAAGAUUAUAAUCAGGCUGACCUGUUUCACUGAUGGAAAUUUUUGUGUUUGAAAAGAAACAGCAGGUAUUUAAAGAAACUGAAGAAAUAUAAAACUACUUUGUGGGGGGAAAAAAUUUAGAAAUGCUAUUCUGUAGUUUAUAGAAUUAAGUGUUAAAACACAACAAAAGUAUAUUACUUUUAAGCAUUUGGUAGGUAAGAAGUUCUCACCAGUCUCUCAAUAGUUGGAAUGUAUUUAUAGUCAUUAAAAUAUAAUCCUGGGAAGAAACCAAGAAAUUAUUCUUUUCCGUAUUGUUUUAUAAAUUUAGAUGCCCUGGGUUAUUAAGAUAUUAAGCUUCAGUGUCUUAUUUUUUUCAGUCCUUAAGUAGAAUGUUACUUCCCUGCUUAGUUAUUUCAUGACUUGAAAAAGCUAAUUACUAAUAAACAGUAAAAAAAAAAAAAAAAGUUACAGCUCACUUUUUAUUGUAAUCA